GGGGUUAGUGGUCAGCACUGUUGCCUCACAGCAAGAAGGUCCUGGGUUCGAAUCCCGGGUUCAAACAGACGGGUCUUUCUAUGUGGAGUCUGCAUGUUCUCCCCAUGUGUGGGUUUACUCCGGUUUCCUCCCACAGUCCAAAAACAUGUACAUUAGGUUAAUUGGUCAUUCUAAAUUGCCCAUAGGUGUGAGUGUGUGUGGUUGUCUGUCUAUGUGUGGCCCUGUGAUGGACAGGUGACCUGUCCAGGGUGUACCCCUGCCUUUCACCCAGUGUGUGCUGGGAUAGACUCCAGCAGAUCCCUGUGACUUAAUUAGGAAUAAAGCGGGUAUAGACAAUGGAUGGAUGGAUGAUUUAGAAUGAAAGCUCAGCGGUUUAGACACAAAACACGUCAGAAACUCAAGACACAGGUUAAGAUCAUAAUUAGAAGUGUUUACACCGUAUCUUUAUCUCAGAUUAGAAAGAUUUGUGUCAGAAGAUGAUGGAAUUUUACCUCUCUUACUUUACCUAGCUUACUCCAGAUCUCAGAUAUGAAAAGAUUUGUCUCAGGUCAUACAGAUUUGCCUCCGAAAAGGUUUGUCAGAAACUGAAAUGUGAAUGAUUUACCUCAGAUGAGAAAGAUUUACCUCACAAAAAGGGUUAUUCAUAAACCUCAAGCUGAAGGAUUUAUGAUAGAUUACCUCAAAAGGUUAGUCAUUACCAGAAUGAGUUGAAAUGACCUCAGAUGAGGAACGGUUGCCUCGAAAAAUGGUUCGUCCACAUGACAAAUAUGGAAAAUUGACCUCAGAUGAGAGAGUUUUUGCCUCAGAAAAGAACUGAGCAGGAUUUCAUUCCACAUGGAAAGGGAUGGUGCCCUCGAACCUUCACCAACAGACAUGGAACAGACCACAGCGACGAAGAAGCCGCCGAAGGUGACGAGGAACCUCAGGAAGCCACGGGGACGUAAGCAGAAAGUGAAGGAACGUGACUGUACGGUGAAGCUCCUGGCUGAGCUUCCCUUCACCAGCACUGAGGUCUGGAAGGAACUCGGCUUCUCUGGCCCUGAGGCGAAGGAGAAGACGAAGGGGAAGAGGAAAAAGAGGGGACGUGCGGAAAAUGAGGAGGACGGUGAGAAGGAGAAGAAGAAGAAGAAAGACAGUCCUCGUCCUAAUUACUUCGUGUCGAUCCCGAUCACCAACCAAAAGAUAAAACAGGGUGUGGAGGAAGUCCAGGCUGAGGUGUCACAGAAAGACCCUCGUCUCUCCAGAGCUCUGAUUCCUGUAGGCACACUCCAUGUAACGCUGCUCGUCACACACCUGUCCUCUCAGGAGCAGAUCGACACAGCUGCAUUAGCAAUAGAAGAGAUGGAGUCCAUGCUGACGUCCCUGGUGGGUGGGCGGAGCCUGGUGCUGCCAUUCCGUGGCAUCGGUCACUUCAAACAGGAAGUAGCGUUCAUCCAGAUCGAAGAGGGAGAGCAUGUCAGUACCCUCACACACAUCGCGGACUCGGUCAGAAAGGCAUUCGAGGAGAAGGGGAUCCCAACCGGAGACCAGAAAGCUUUCAAACCUCACCUAACCUUCAUCAAGCUCUCACGAGCGCCCAAACUCCGGCAUCAGGGAGUCAAGAAGCUGGACCCGAGCUUGUACGCUGCAUUCGAGCAGCGAGUGUUCGGUGAGGAGAAGGUGUGCACCAUGGAUCUGUGCUCCAUGUUGAAGAAGAAAGAUGCUGACGGCUACUACCACCGCGAGAAGACCGUCACGUUCGAUCUUUUGCAGAACACACGGCGCACCUCACGGACAAGUGGUAAACGCGGCCCUGAGCUCGACGACGACGAGCUGAUCAGUUUGAGUAAGAGGCUGGUGGAGGACGCCGUGUCCCGCGCCGUGCAGCAGUACAUGGAGGAAACGCAGCAGAACGGCUCCGCCCCCAAAGACGAGGCCCCGCCCAAAACCAGCCUCAAAUGACAGCAUGACCUCUGAUCUCAGACCCUCACCUGCCUGGGUGGAGCCCCGGGUCACGCCUUCUUCCUCCACACCUGCUCCCCUGCUCCAGGGUCGAGGGGUUUGUGUGCGUAAGAACGACGGAGGCUAGCGAUAGACAAACCGGACCUGGCGGGAUUUUCUAUGCAGAACACGGAUUUUUUAUUUUCAUUUCUUCUCAGAAAGGAAAAGUUGAAUUAAAACUGGUCUGAUUUGAGACCACGGCGAUAUCGAAACUGCACAUCUGGACCUGGACAGGAAGUGGGCGUGUGCUUUAGCGUCUGGAGCGUGACGAUGCUCCUGUGUGACGGAGCGAGAUGAUGGGUUCUCAUGGUUCCUUCUGUGUGUGUGUGUGUUUUAUUUUUUUUCUAAACAUAAUGAGCCUUGUUUAUAUGUUUGUGCACCCUUUAGGCCGUGUGUGUGAGGCGCAGCGGGUCAGGCGGACGCUGGACUCGGACACGGAGAGCGUUUACAGGAGAGCGAGAGAAUUUAAGACACUGUUAGGACGAGCAGAAACACGAGCACUGAUCGCACGGGAACUGGGCGGGACACUC